ACUCUCUUCUAACACAUCCAUUUAUUUUGACAGUUAUUCAACUCAAACAAAAAACAGAUUGAGAGAAAAGAAAAGGUCAGCAGAAGAAAGUAAAACAGAUCAAAAUCUAUCACCAUGUCUGUCAAGCACAGGCACGCAGAAACAUCCUGCAAACCAACUAACCAGAAUCCAUACUCCUUUGGUGUCUAUUUUGAAAGACGUUGGGAAAAUCCCACAAAAGACACAAACAAAGGAUAUUGGUGUCUCUCUGGGAAUGGAAAUAAUAUGUCAUAACUCAUAAAUGAUGUGAUGCCAUGCUGCUUGCCUUGUGUGAAAUGUUUUAGGCUCAGCCAGCUUGGGAAGAAUUUAGUAACAUCCCUACGGCUUCAUUCAGUCCUUCCCAAUUAUAUUCAACAUGGUCAAAUUUUCUUAGUGAAAUGUAUUUUGGCUUGGUUUGUGGCUAUACUUACUACUUCAUUCAGGAGAGGUAAAACCUAUCAUCGCUACUUGUAUCUCAGACCCCUGCUCCCAAGUGUGCUGUGACAUCUCCUAUCCCUUCAUGCUGUAGGCACCCAGCUGCUAACAUCACCAGCUGCCUCACUGCAGGAAUCACUCCAGAAGAUCCCCAAUAUUCUCUCAUAGUGAUGUCAAACACUACUAGAACACAGGACAAAGCAUACCCACACUGUGUCACACUGAACAAGAAGAACAUCAGAUAUGAAAAAUGAUGAUAUUGCAUGACCUGCUCCGCUACCACAGAGAAACGGGAGGGAAGACAAUCUUAUCGAGAACCUUUGAGUCCAAUGAGGUACUGACUCCACUUCAAAUUCCUUCACCUCCAACUGUCUUGCAAGACAGAUACGAGGAGUUCAGGGAAUCCCUUCAUCACUGCAAGCUUCCUGGGGGAACAGAAAGGGAGCAUGGAGGAAUUGUUCUGCCUGUAUUGUCAAAAGACCAAAAGUCACCAUGCGCACAUGUGAGAGGACAUCCUCAUUUUGGUAGUAAUGUAUUCCCUUGGCCAAGAGGCCUUCCCAUUGAGCAGUACUAUGAUGUCACCCUGCUGAAAAAAAGUGAUGUGCGUAUGAAUGACGAUCUACUUUGUAAACCACCAAGCAGUUUGGCUAAACCGCUGAGCCUGCCGUUUCCCACCUCUCAUCCCUACCAGACACACAUCUCUAAGUAUGCCAUGUUCCCAGACUUCAGAUCACCUGAGGACCGAGACACUGGAACUGAUGCAAGCAGUUGCCAGUCUUUUCAUUCUAAUAUCUCUUGCAAGGCUUUUGACAUGGUUGUUCUAAGGAAUACCAGAGGUAACCCAUACAGGCAUGAAGUUGUCAGCAUUCCCUUUGACUCCCUGAAGGAGGCUUUGUGUUGUUCAAGACAGCACGCAUGCUUGCAACUUCCUAAAUUCUCUGAAGAAAAGGAUCAAAUAUACUAUCCAAAUCCAUCAAAAAUUGUGGCCCCUAAUUCUACUUUUAGAGAGUUAGAACAUAAGGUCUCUUCAAGAACAAGCAAUAUACUACAAAACAUUGAAAGAGCUCAGUGGAUCACAACAUACAAUCGAAACUUCACAGGAAGAGGUCCUAUGAAUCCCCUUAUCCUGGAUGACUACUACAUGAAAGCAGUUGGCAGAUUAACUGGAGAACUCGGUACAGAUGUGGAACUUAAAGAAACAUUCAUGUCUAGUCUCUCACAAGCGAGGCCGCUUGGAGGGCGCACGGCGCGUUUACUGCAAGGCCGACGUCCCCGUGAAUCUGUUCUGCAGGAACAGCAGUGCUGCCACAAGCAGGCCAAACUGCCUCAGGUAUCCCACCAGCAAGACCACUAUCUGGACGCAGGGCUGCCAGUAAGCAAAUUUCAGAAAAUCAUUGAUAGAAAGCAAGCAGAAGCACUGUACCAGGGGCAGUUUUCAGGAAGGCCUGAACUUCAGUCCCUUCCAGAGUCUGUGCAUUCUCUUUCCUGUGAAGAUUUAAAGCCCAAACAUCUGGACCAACAUACAAUAUGGGCAAACCCACUUAGUAAGACAGUCUUGCCACAGGAUGGAAACAGGGAGGAAAGCAAAAUUGUAUUGCACGAGCUCUGGAACCAAGAAGCAAGUGAGCCUGCAUGGAGAGCAGAGGACAGACUAAGAGAGCUGGCACUGCCCGAGUGGAUCCCUGGCUCUGAGGUUGCUCGGCGCCAAACAGUGCUGCUGGAAUUGCAGGAUUCCUUCUCAAAGACAGCAGCACAAAAAUGUUUUCAUGAUUCUAUCAACGGAGAGACAAAAGAUCUCAGAGAUAACAUUAAUGAGGGAAGGAGACAUGAAUUCUAUGGUUUCAAUGCUUUUUAUUUCCAUAACUGACACAUUCAUUGGUAUUUUAAAAAUAGUAACAAAUAAAGAAGCACUUCAAUACAACCUGCCUAUUCUUUUGUGUUGCUUGUGGCAAAGAUAGAGUUUAUUUUCCCAUAGUGGCUUGUAUGGUGCUAUGCUUUGGAUUUGUGAUAAGAACGGUGUUGACAAUGUGCUGUGUUUUAGCUGUUUCUGUGCAGUGCUUAGACAGAAUCAAGGAGAUUUCUGCAAGUGAGCAAACUGGCAGUGUGUAAGUUGAUGGGAGGGGCCACAACCAGCACAGCUACCCCUAAUGGACCAAGGGAAUAUUCUACACCAUGUGCCAUCAUGUUCAGCAAUAACAGCUUGGGGGAAAAGAAGGAAAGGGGUAUAUUCA